CACUCACCAUGAUGAGUGAUAGGCAAAAGGGUCUUCAAAAUGCUGUUGAGUCUAUUUUCAACAGCCCUGACACAAGAUUCUGUGUUAGGCACAUGUACUGCAACUUCAAGAAAGACUUCCCUGGCCUAUUACUGAAGCAACUUGUGUGGGCAGCUGCUAGAUCAACAAUUCCUGCUCAUUUUGACCAGAGGAUGAAAGAAAUCAAGGAUAUAAAUGAAGGAGCUUACAAUUGGUUAGCAGCCAAACAAAAGUCAGAGUGGACAAAGGCAUACUUCAAGGAAGGUGUUAAAUGUGACAUGUUAUUGAACAACAUGUGUGAAAGCUUCAAUAUGGCCAUUAUGGAUGGAAGGGACAAGCCCAUUGUCACACUGUUGGAGACAAUCAGAGGUUGGUUAAUGUCUACUUUCACAAAGAGAAGGGAAGGCAUACAAAAGUGGAAGCAUGGAGUGCACAACAACAUAGCAAAGCUUGUAGCAAAAAAUGCUGAAAUUGGUAGGAAGUGCUCUGUCACAAGAGCAAAUGCUGUUUUAUUUGAAGUUAAAAUGUCAGAAGCUGGUGCCUUUAUGGUUGAUCUGGACAAACAUGAGUGCACAUGCAGAAGGUUCCAGCUCACUGGAAUUCCUUGUGGUCAUGCCUUGGCAGCCAUUUGGUUUUGUGGCCAUAAUGAAUGGGGUUACAUACAUAGGUACUACAAACCUGAAGCUUAUGCAGCAGCAUAUGCAGGCACAAUUUCCCCCAUGCCUAGCCCUGACAAGUGGCCAAACAAGGGCCUUAACCCUAUAUUCCCUCCCUGUGAGCAUAACCUUCCUGGCAGGCCAAAAAAGAAAAGGAGAAGGGGUGCUGAUGAAAAAGAUCCACCUGCAGCUGCCACAGUUAGAAAAGCCAGCAGAGUUGGAACUGUCAUGCAUUGUUCUAAAUGCAGAAAAUCUGGACACACAGCCCCAAGAUGCAAGGAACCUGUACCAAAUGUGCCAAACGAGGCUCCAAAGAAUAAAGGAGGUAGGCCACCAAUUCAAAAUCCAUCUGCUGCAACACUCAAGAGGAGGAAGAGAAGGGACAAACAACUUGCAAAAGAGGCUAGGAAGAGGGGUGAAGGUUCAAGUUCCCAGCCUCGGGGUUGAUUGUCGUUUAGAAUUGUAACAUUAUAAUUUACAUUAAACUAUUGUCACAGAAACUAGUUUUAGAUACCUUUUGGAUAUUUCUUGUAUAGGUGCAUUUUGGUGAUCUUUUGAUCAAUGUGAAUUGUAUAGGUGCAUUUUGGUAAUAUUUUGAUCAAUGCACCAAGCACAACAACAGUAUAUUUUGCUAAUGUAUAGGUGCCUUUUGGAUCUGAACAGGUCAAUGCACCAACCAAAUGAAUAGAAAUUUUAUUUUGCAAAA